AUGAAAUCCGAGGCCAACGCUCAUCCCGAGACGAAAGGCGUCGUCACCAGCAACACGCCGCCAUCAGCUACUGCGGUGGAUGACAAGCAAGCCGUCGUCCUGACGCAGCCCAGCACGGCUGUGUCCACGUCGCUCGAAAAAGGGGACCGUAGCCUGAUGCCCGCUGUCGCGCUGAUCGCCACGUUCGCCGGGUUCGUGUGCUUGGCGACCGUAGCGUACGCCAUCCUGCGACCGAAGCCUCUGGUGGCGCAACCUGAAUGCGACAGCGACGACUGCUUCCAGCACGCGUACAUGCUCAUCUCUGGCCUCAACCGGAGCGCCGACCCGUGCGCCGACUUCGGCGCGUACGUGUGCAAUGCCUGGUUCACCACGUCCAUCUACUCGUUCAGCACGCAGCAGGACCGCUGGCACAGAUGGAUCCAGGAGUCGGGCCAGCUCCUGGGAUCACUGCGCGUGCGCCGCGGGAACGAGGCCAUUGCCAAAGCCAUCGCGCUCUUCAACCUCUGCCUCAAGAUAAACGCAGUCACGUCGCCGGACAACGUAAGGCUUCUGCAGCAGUUCCUAACAGACAGGAAGAUCAUACCGCCUGUUGGUGAAGCAGCGCGUCAGCCCGGAGCACACCCGCUCGACGUCCUACUCGACCUGUCCAUCAACUGGCAGAUGCCUUUCUGGUUCAACGUGCGUGUUCUCAGGGCUAACGGCAGCGGAAUUGGCAUCCUCUUGAGUCCUGGUCAUUACGAGGUCUUCUGGGAGAUAGCCGUGGAGAAGUUCAUCACGGAACCUGAUUUCGAGGAGAGUGGAGACGUGCCCAAAGCUGGAUUCGCCAACGCCACGGGUGACUUCUUCGUGGACAGCGCCAUACUGUCGGAGCUGAGGAAAGCCGCCAUUGGCCCGCCAAAAUCGCAAGCCGUGGCCGUCCGCAUCAAAGAAAUUUCCGGCCUUACACCAAGCGUGACGUCCGAGCAGUGGCUCGUGUUUCUGAACAAGCACCUGGCGCCCACUUUUGCUGUCACCGCGGAAUCUCAGAUAUUGCUCCAUGACAAAUUAUUAUUGGUUACCGUGAACAGACUACUAGAGAGAUACGAGCACAGCGACAUCCUGACACAUAUAGGCCGACUAGUGAACAGAACUUUCGGGAAUGUUAUUAACAGGAAGAUGCAGAGCCCGGCGUACGACGAAUUCGAUUCCAUCUCGCCCCUGACGAACGUCAGCUACGCCUGCGAAGUCCUGGUCGAAGACACGUUCAGACUGCCGAUCGCCGUACAACACAUCGCGAAGAGGAAGCUGAGCCUUCAACGCGCCGCCAUCGACGACCUCGUCGGCGACGUCAUGAGAUCCACCAUCUCGCUCGUGAGCGGCAGCGGCUGGAUGAGCGCCGAGUCGAAGCACGAGGCCAUCAAGAGAAUACAAGACACGGCCGUUCACCUCUGGCCUCGCGAGCAACUGGUGCACGACGAGGACGCGUUGGAUAGCCUAUACGGGACGUUUCCGUCGGGCAGCAACAUCUACUUCAACGAGCUGCUGCUGGUUCGGAACGCAACGCGCGAGGCGCUGGGCACGCCAGCGUACGCGGAUAUACAGGGCAUACCUCAUGGCGGUCGGGAUCCGUACUUCGCCUACGACGCCUUCAGCAACUCUAUCAACUUGGCAGUGGGCGCCGUGCUUCCUCCGCUGUUUUACCCGAGCGCCACCAAGAGCAUCAACUACGGAGGUGCGGCGUCUCUGCUUGCGCCGCUGGUCGUAAGCUUGCUGAACACGUCCUCGGUGGCUGCUGACGCGAGCGGUUGGACGGUGAGCAGCGGCAACUCGUUCCCCGCGCGAGCUCUGUGCAGCGUCUCCGUAGAAGACCGCGACGCUUAUCCGGAUGUCGCUGCCAUCGAAGUCGCCUACAGGGCCUACCAGGGCAGCCUGGAGCACGACGGUCGGUCACACGACAUUCGAGUACGCUCGCUCGAGGAGUUCUCGGGCGAGCAGCUUUUCUUCAUGUCUUUCUGCUAUAACACGUGUAGAUUGGAGCGUGGAACUAAGACUUCCAAGGCUUGCAAUGCGCUGCGAGACUUCGAGCCGUUCGCCGCCGCAUUCAAGUGUCCCAAAGGCUCGUUCAUGAAUCCGGACAAGCAGUGCGGCUUUUUUCAUUAG